ACAGUCAAACUAAUUAGUCGGACAAAUUGGUCGGACAUAUUGGUCGAAGAAUGCUCGUCCACACUCUUCUCGUCUUUACAGCUGUUUUUCUACAGCAAGUCGCUUGCUCAGACUGGAGCUAUGAUGGUACUGAGGGUGUGUCCCACUGGUCAGACUUGUUCCAGAAGUGCGCCCUGACCCACCAAUCACCAAUCAACAUCUACGAGGGUGACGUCAUGGUUGACCCGGCCCUGGGGGAGGUGCUCUUUGAGAACUACGACACCGCUGACGGUCUGGCCAUGACCUUGACCAACAAUGGUCACUCAGCCAUGGUGACGAUCGCUGGGACACGUGACGUGGCCAUCUCAGGCGGUGACCUGUCCAACAAGUUCAAGGCCACACAGCUGCACUUCCACUGGGGGUCCGACCCCAGCGAGGGGUCAGAACAUCUGAUCAGCUCUCACGCUUUUCCAAUGGAGCUCCACAUCGUCCACUACAACACCAAGUACCCGGACUUUGAUGCAGCCCUGUCUCAAGGUGACGGCUUGGCUGUUCUAGGUUUUGUCUUCAAGAUGUCUAAAACAGACAACCCGGCCCUCUCACAGAUCGUCUCAAGUCUGGCCAGCAUCAGGAGUGUCGACACUACUGUAGAUUUGAAACCAUUUGCCAUUAAAACGAUACUUCCGGAAUCGUUCCACCAGUUUUAUCGAUACCCGGGCAGUCUCACAACUCCCCCGUGUGACGAGUCUGUCACGUGGACUGUCUACAAGGAGCCAAUCAACAUCUCGGAAGCCCAACUCAACGAGUUCCGGAGCCUCUUGGACCACACUCGCUCCCCCAUCAGUCACAACGCCCGUCCCGUCCAGCCCCUGAAUGACCGGGUGGUUAAAGCCAACUUUGACCCACAUGUCCAUUGGGGAUACGCCCAUGGUGAAAGCACCCACUGGCGUGAGACGUUCUCAAACUGCGGUGCCUACAGCCAGUCCCCCAUCAACAUUGAGACCUUCUACACCGUGGAGGAACCCCUGCCUGUCAUGGUCUACAAGAACUACGAGACCUCGGCCGGCGUGGUCAUGAGGCUCAAGAACAGUGGACAUGCAGCUCAAGUGGACAUCUCUGGCACUGAGAUUUCUAUUUCCGGUUCCGGUUUGACCGAGCCGUACGUGGCUGCACAGUUCCACUUCCACUGGGGCUCCACCGACCUACAGGGAUCCGAACACACCAUCAACGGCAAGUCGUUCCCCAUGGAGCUGCACAUCGUCCACUACAAGAAGUCUCUGGGCAGUCUGGCAGCUGCAGCCACACAGUUCCAGGGUCUGGCCGUGCUGGGCUUUUUGUUCGAG